UAUGAUGGUUGGAUUUUGUUGUCAUUUUCACACUAGUUUUCGGCGAUAGACAUUUUCGGCGAGGGAGUUGCUUGCGAAAUACACCUGAAGAACGUCCCCAUUAUUUACUUGCGUUAAUGAUCCUUGCGAAGCGGAUGGCGAGGCUUCUAGGCUAAGACUUGAUGUCAACUGCAAUCGCCCGGGAUUAUGGGAGAGAAUCGUCUUUGUCGAGGACAGUCAACAGCCGCACAAUAGAACAAGUUAUUCACUGAGAAGGUGGAGGUAAUGAAUUCACAGCUUAUCAAAAAGGAGGGCACGAAGAGAACAAUGCAGCAAACAUUCGAUGUUGAUUUAAUUUUUAAUGAAGAAGGGUCAUGUCCGCUUUGUUCGAAAACCUUUUCACGAAAAUCAUCGCUGAUCACGCAUAUACGGAAUCAUUCUGCCGAACGUAAAUAUAUUUGCAGUUAUUGUCAGAAGCGUUUUACACAGGCUGCGAAUUUACGAAAUCAUGAACGCAUCCAUACGAAUGAUAGGCCAUAUGUUUGUGGAGAUUGUGGAAAAGCAUUUACACAAAUCACAAAUUUAAACAAUCACCGAAGACUCCAUACUGGUGAAAGACCAUUUGUUUGUAUUGAACCAGAAUGUGGACGAUCCUUUGCCCAGGUGACCAACCUAAACAACCACAUGAAAACACAUCAUAAGGUUCAACAGUAUUCGUGCAAUCAGUGCUCCAAAAAAUUCACUCAAGUAACAUCGCUUAAUCAACAUCUACAAGUGCAUGCUGGCAUCAUAGGUUACUUUUGUCCGAAAUGUCCUGAGAAAACAUUCAAGCAACAAUCUCAAAUCUACACCCACAUGAAAACACAGCAUGGCCUUUCGUUUCCCUACCAAUGUAUGAAAUGUGAUGAGAAAUUCCUGGAGCAGGCACAUCUCGAUCAACAUAGCAAACUACACAACGACGAAUUUAAAAUAAAAUGUGAACCCCUUUAAUUGGAACAGGACUUGGUAGAGGAGCUUCUCAAAGCGCAAACAGUGUCAUAGGAGAAUACAAUGGAGAACGUUGUACUUUUUCUUUCUUUGAGUUUUUCUUUUUGAUUUUGGUAUGUUUUGAGUUUAUAAGAUAGGAGCUAAAAUUUGUUAAAUAUUAAUAAUAAAUAACGUUUACAAUAACGGUCAACUAUGAUAAGGAACAUCAAAUGAGUAUAAUUUAGUUAAUAUCUAAUUGCUAACGGGAAAUAUUGGGGCGUAAAGUUAGUGUAUGCUGUGUAAGCGCUAAGACUGCAUAUAGGGUACAAUGAGGGUAGCGCCGAAUUCAUCAGAGUCUAUUGAAAAACGACUAACUCCACUAACUAGUUAUCCUUGCAAUUAUGAUUUAGAUGAGACCACUCGUUGCAAUUAUUGUUACUUCAGGGAAGAAAUUUUGUUAAUAGUCAUUUGAAUCUUUUGGUGCGUUCUUUUUGAAAUUUAGAUUAGGAGUGGCGUCUUGAAUGAUAAUGAAUUGCACAACGGUUUUGGGUUUACACAGUUGAAAAUAUUGGCCGGGGUACAAAGACAACUAUCGUUACAUGAUGAUCUCUAGGGCCUCGGGCAUUACGCCCACUGAGUAGUAUUGCGGUCACGGUAAUAUACUAUAUGUUAUAGUUAUCACACAUUCUUAGAAUUGUAUUAUAUAUAUUGAAGAGAAAAGAAAGUGUUUAUUGCCGAAAUUUUUAAAAAAUGAUGUCCUCAAUAUACUGAUGAAUAUUGAUUAAAUAAAAAUUAGUUCUGGAAACUGAA